ACUUAAUGGUGUUAGCUGGAAAAAUUUGCACGUCUGGUGAAAAAAUUUUUAAAUUGCCGAAAAAUAGUGGAAAAUUUGAGGAAUAAAAACAAAUUUCAUGUGCCUUUGCAAGUUAAAGUGGUUAAUUUGUGUUUGCAUUACAAUUUGUUAAGGAAACGCAGAAAUUUGUUUGUGAAAAAUGUGUGUGAAAAUCAGCUUAACAUGUAAAAGCAGCUAGCUCCUGCUUGUACAUAUACAAAAAAUUCCAAGUAUAUAAGGCGCCGUGCAAAAACGAAAAAAAAAAUAAAAAACUGCGUGCAAGUGGGAGACAAAGAAUAAGAAGAAGCACGAGCCGAAUUAUAUACGAAAACGUGUGCCGAAUACAUAGCAUAAACAAGUGUUGAAAAAAAAAAUAACAAAACAGAAAGUGCGGAGAAAUAGAGCGGCAAAGAGAAAAAAAUCUACCGGCUACGUUGAAAACGUGCGACGGCGGCGUUGUGAGUGUUGUGUUUUGACUUCCACAACGCCAUGUCGCAAAAUCAAAACAAACAACAUUUACAACAACAGCAACAACUUGAGCAUCAUCAACUACAACAACAGCAACACCACCACCAUCAACAACAGCUCUUACACCAUCAUCAUCAGCAGCAGCAGCAUCAGCAACAACAGCAACGACAAUGGCAUCAACAAUAUCAACAGCAACAACAACAGCUACAUCAUCACCAUCAGCAGCAGCAGCAACAACAACAACAAGCACAAUAUGCUGCUGCUGCCGCAGCACAUGCACAUGUUGCUGCCGCCACCGGUAUGAGGAGUGGUAAUGGCAUGCCUGGCAUGUUUGGAAAUACACUAGGUAGGGGUGGUUGUUUAUAUGACACGAGUGGUGGUAGCCUCGUUGGUGGUGGCAACGGUGGCGGCGGCGGAGUUGGCGGCUUUGACCUUGAUAUGGCUGGCCAUCAUAUAGGUAGUGGAAAUGCCUCGGCAAUUACGGCCACGUCUACAGCACCAGCUGUUGGUGUAGGCAUUGCGGGUGGCGGAGUGGGUGGUUAUUUGCCUUCACAUGUCAAUGUUUCUUCUGUCGCCGGUGGCGCGUACAAUGCCGGUAUGUCUGGCAUGCCGACUUCUAGUGAAAGUGGAAGGAGAGCAAGUGUGGGCGGUUGUGCAUACACACAGGCAUCUCAGUCACAACCACAGCCGCCACCACAGCAACCGCAGCAGCAACAACAACACACAAUUUUGCCUCCGGAAAGAAUAAAAAUGGAGCCACUGGAGCAAAUUCUCACACCAACUAUCGAAAUGGAAGAAUUGAUAAUAAAAACCGAACCCACAGAUGAUGCGUACAAUAAAGUUAGUACGGUCGAUGAAGCCAUUGCUACAGGAAGCACAAAUAUGAAUCCUAACGCUGGUUAUAUGAAUUUUCCUAAGCAUUUGCAACCAUAUCCUCAGCAUCAGCAGCAGCAACAACAGCAACUGUUGGAACAGCAAAAACAGCGCCAGAAAUUGCAACAUCAACAACAUGCAUUGCAACAACAGCAACAUCUGCAGCAACAACAACACCAACAUCUGCAGCAACAACAGCAACUGCAGCAGCAGCAGCAACAACAACAACGUGAGCAGCAAUUGCAACAGCAAAUGUUAUCACACGAUGCCAUGGCCGAAGCCGGCUUGUUAACAGUAAAACUGGAACCGCAAAUUCAUAUAAAAGAGGAAAUGCCGGAAGCGUCACAGAAUAAGCCGCUCAACUUUCCACGCCGCAAAGUUCAAACGGAACGUUCCGACACAUUGCCAAUUUGCCAGCGCUGCAAACAGGUCUUCUUCAAAAAGCAAAGCUACAGCAAACAUGUUUCUCAAAGUCUCUGCGAAAUUGUCGAAUAUGACUUCAAGUGUUCUAUAUGCCCCAUGUCGUUCACAUCCAGCGAGGAGCUGCAAACGCACGAACAACUACAUCGCGAAAAUAUGUAUUUCUGUCACAAAUACUGUGGCAAAUAUUUUGACACUAUCGAACUGUGCGAGGUGCACGAGUACAUGCAGCACGAAUAUGUCAAUUAUAUCUGUAAUGUCUGUUCGGCGGGCUUUGCUAGUCGCGAUUUGCUAUUCGCGCAUAUGCCACAACAUCGCAAUCAGCCGCGCUAUGAUUGCCCGGUAUGCCGUUUGUGGUUUCACACAGGCAUACAAUUGCAUCAGCACCGCAUACAAGCGCCGUAUUUUUGUGGGAAAUUUUAUCGUCGCGCCGGUGCUGCAGCACCUGUCAUGCCUGCUGGUGGCGCACCAUUUGGGCCGGUGCCGCCAACCCAUUCGGCUAAUUAUAAUCUACAAGACUGCUCCAUGGGCAUUAUAGAAAUGCCCAACAGCAAUAGCUUCUCUUCAUAUCUACAAAAUCGCGCAUUUCACCAUCAACACCCAGCCCCGCCACAUCCGCCGCUACCACCGCAGCAAAUGCAUCCACAUCUCGCGCAACAACAACAACACAUGCAACGUCAACAACAGCAAUUACAUCUGCAACAACAGCAUCCACCACCAUUUCCAACACAACCGUUACAUGCAGCGCCACAACAACCACAGCCAACGCCCGCUCAGCCAGAUUUUAUGCGCCGCAACAGCAUUACUGGUGCCACCGGCAGCGCGACAACAGAAUUUCAAAUGCCACAAAUUAAAACCGAAAUAAAAGUGGAACCCGAUCUUUAUAGCACGCCAGAUUAUCCGCUGCAGACACCACUGCCACCACCACCUUUACCGCCACCGCCGUUAGGCGCCGCACAACAGUCGACGUUGGCCUCACCAUCACGCCAGCGUGGUCGCUUUGGCGACUUCACAAAUGAGUCCUUUGGCGCUGGUGGCGCAAGCGCUGACUCUUCGCACACAUUUGGCACGCACAAUAACAGCAGUGGCAGCAAUGGCAACAGUAAUGAUUUUUCCAACAGCAACACUUCGAGUUUGCAGCGCAGCAACAGCAAUGACAAUAACGGCAGCAAUCAUAAGCCGUCAGCAUUUCCUGUUGGCAAUUUUCAUUUCCCCACCACACCAGCAGUGUCGCGCACACGCGUAGUGGAUACCGGCGAGGAUGGCGCCGUUUGCUGUGUGCCCCAUUGCGGCGUCACAAAGCAGUCCAGUCCCACGCUGCAAUUCUUUACAUUCCCGAAAGAUGAAAAGUAUUUGCAUCAAUGGUUGCAUAACCUCAAAAUGUUUCCGGAACCCGAUUCCACGUACAACCAAUAUCGCAUUUGUAGUUUACAUUUUCCCAAACGUUGCAUUAAUCGCUAUUCGUUGUGCUAUUGGGCAGUGCCCACAUUCAAUUUGGGUCAUGACGAUGUCGCGAAUUUAUAUCAGAAUCGUGAGAUCACCAAUACAUUUACGAUCGGUGAGCGCGCUCAGUGCAGCAUGCCCGGCUGUCCGAGUCAGCGUGGUGAGAGUAAUUGCAAAUUCUACAAUUUUCCCAAUGACAUGAAGACGCGCAUAAAGUGGUGUCAGAAUGCGCGCUUACCCGUGAAUAGUCGGGAGCCGCGUCAUUUUUGCAGUCGUCACUUUGAAGAUCGCUGCUUUGGCAAGUUUCGGCUGAAGCCAUGGGCUGUGCCCACACUACAUUUGGGCACACCAUAUGGCAGAAUACACGAUAAUCCGGGCGUAUUCUAUUUGGAGGAGAAGAAAUGUUGUCUGCCACAUUGCAAGCGCACGCGCUCAUCCGAUUUCAAUUUAUCGUUAUAUCGUUUUCCACGCGAUGAAGUGCUGCUGCGACGCUGGUGCUAUAACUUGCGCCUGGAUCCGGCAAUAUAUCGUGGCAAGAAUCACAAAAUUUGUAGCGCGCACUUUAUCAAAGAGGCGCUGGGCUUGCGCAAACUGUCGCCAGGCGCCGUGCCGACCUUGAAUUUGGGCCACAACGACCGUUUCAAUAUCUAUGAGAAUGAGCUGCCAACACCACCUGUGGUACCACCGUCGAAAAUGUUUAAUUUCCAUAAUGUCUCCGCACCGCCACCAGUCUACAGCAGUCACCGCCAUAGCAUUGCGUCGAGCAGCAGUCACAGCGAACGCUUGUAUCCCAAUCCAGUAUCGAAGCUCAAAUUUAGCAUAUCGAAUAUAACGGCCGGUGAUGUGAGCUCCAUGAGCGGCAGCGCGACACAAAAUAUUUUGGAUUCAUUAGAAGUAUGCUUUGUGCCAAGUUGUAAGCGUAAUCGCAAUAUAGACAACGUCACAUUACACACCAUACCGCGUCGUCCCGAGCAGAUGCGCAAGUGGUGUCACAAUCUGAAGAUCGGCAUCGAAACGCUGCAUAAGGGUGUGCGUAUUUGUAGCGCGCACUUCGAGCCAUACUGCAUUGGCGGCUGUAUGCGUCCAUUUGCAGUGCCCACCUUGAACUUAGGCCAUGACGAUCCGAAUAUCUAUCGCAAUCCAGAUGUUAUUAAGAAACUGAAUAUACGCGAAACAUGUUGUGUGCAAGAUUGCAAACGCAAUCGUGAUCGUGAUCAUGCUAAUCUGCAUCGUUUCCCAUCGAAUUUCGAAAUGCUCACUAAAUGGUGUGAGAAUCUGUUGAAGCCGGUGCCCGAUGGCACUAAACUCUUUAACGACGCCAUAUGUGAGGUGCAUUUCGAAGAGCGUUGCAUACGUAAUAAACGUUUGGAGAAGUGGGCCGUGCCGACAGUAAAACUUGGUCAUGCCGAAGAGCCGAAACAUCGUUUGCCAACGGAUGAAGAGAUUGCCGAACAGUGGCCGAAGCCGCUAAUGCCAAAUAAGGGUAUAGAAGAGGGUGAAUGUUGUGUGUCCACAUGCCGACGUGAUCCGAAGAUCGACGAUGUUAAACUCUAUCGCACACCCGAAGAUCCCGAGCUGUUGGCGAAGUGGGCGCAUAACUUGCAAACGGAAACGGAAGAUCUUACCACAUUACGCAUUUGUAAUUUACACUUUGAAGAGAUUUGCUUUAGCAAAAAGCGUCGCCUACACUAUUGGUCAUUACCCACACUCAAUUUGGCUACGAAUGUCGAGCAAUUAUAUGAGAAUCCCGAACCGCUAGUACCGCAGGUGAUCAUAAAGUCAGAGACGAAACGCGAACGUCGACGCAUGCGCGAUGCCAAUGAGCCAUUGAAGCCGUGGACACCACGUUGCUGCCUGCCACACUGCCGGAAACGACGUGAUACGGAUCACGUGCAACUUUUCCGUUUCCCAGUGCUCAAUCGACCUAUGUUGGCUAAGUGGUGCCACAAUUUGCAGCUACCGCAGGUCGGUAAUGGUCAUCGUCGUUUAUGUUCUACACAUUUCGAGCCGCGUGUCUUGUCGAAACGUUGUCCCAUACCGAUGUCAGUGCCCACUUUGGAUCUGAAUACACCACCAGGUUAUAAAAUCUAUAUGAAUCCGGCGCGUCUAAAAGCCGUCAAGUUGCAACAAGUCUGCUGCAUUUCAUCGUGCAGUCGUACACGUGCCGAUGGCGUACAGCUCUUCCGAUUUCCGCAUAGUCGCAGCGUAUUGCGCAAGUGGUGUCACAAUACGCGGCAACACGCACGCGGUGAAUAUCGCGUAUGUUCGCGUCACUUUGAACCGCACGCAUUCGGCGCUAAACGUCUAAUGCCCGGCGCCAUACCCACAUUGAAUUUAGAUCCGGAAGUUGAGGAUGUGUAUGCGAAUGAAGCGCAGAGCUUCGCUGAAACGCAGUGUGUAGUAAGCGGUUGCGUCGCCAGUAAGGAGUUAGAUGGCGUACGGCUCUUCAAAUUCCCCAGCGAUGAUGUCGAUUUACUAUGGAAGUGGUGUAACAAUUUGAAAAUGAACCCGGUGGACUGCCGUGGCGUACGUAUCUGUAAUCGGCACUUCGAACCCGAAUGCGUCGGUUCAAAGAUGCUGUACAAGUGGGCUGUGCCAACACUAGCACUGGGUCAUAACGAUGCCGACAUUAAGUUGGUGUCCGUGCCGCCGCCAGAGGCACGUUACAGCGAUGUGGUGACCAAGUGUUGUGUCCCCACAUGCGGCAAGUCACGUAAAUUUGAUGAUGCACAAAUGAACAGUUUUCCGAAGAAUUUGCGUCUAUUCCGCUGUUGGAAACAUAACCUCAAAUUGGACUUUUUAGACUUUAAGGAUCGUGAAAAAUAUAAAAUUUGUAGUGAUCACUUCGAACCGGUUUGUCUUGGCAAACUGCGUCUCAAUUAUGGCGCUAUACCUACACUAAAUCUGGGACAUGAUGACACAGACGAUUUGUAUCCCGUUGAUCCCACGCAGAUACAAGUAUCGCUCUUCGGCAAAAUGCGUCCUCGUAUUGCUAGCGAUAAGGACGCAGCUGAAUUUGAGCAGGCUAGUUGUGUUGGAAAAGACGACAUAAAAUGCUCCUAUCCCAAUUGUACUGCAACGAAAAUGCUGUUAAGCGAACCUUACGACAUGCCAGCCGCCUUGCCGCUACAUGCGCUUUGGUGCGCACAAAUGAAAGUCGAUGCGGAGGCGCUCAGCGAGACGCCAAAACUGUGCGGUCUGCAUUUCAUAAAGCUCUAUAAAGCCACAUUAGACGCGGCUAACGCGCUAGCGGAGGGUGACAACGAACUUAGUGAGGCCAUGAAAUCGCUGAACGACACUUAUGAAAAGUGUUGCGCUUCACCAAUCGUUUGUAGCGCGCAGUGUUGCGUUGCCGGUUGUGGUAGUAAUCAGGUUAGUGGCAGCCGUACAGCACAACGCCUCUACUUAUUCCCUACUGCGGUCGGCAGCGGCAUUGACUUAUUAGAAAAAUGGUGUCACAAUGUAGAUGUUAGUGCAGCGGAUCUCAGUCGUUUUACGCACAAAGUAUGCGCGCGUCAUUUCGAAGCACAAUGUAUUGGCCCGACACAACGCUUACGCUCAUGGGCCAUACCCACUUUGCAGCUCCAACAAAAACCGGAACACAAAAUACAUGCUGUACCAGAAUUGGGUAGCGCGGCGCGUCCGCAUGAAGCGCGUUGUUGUGUAGCCACGUGCGCACGCGAACGCGGUGAUUUCGAAACAAUGCGUCUUUUCAGUUUUCCCAUCAUCGAUGAGGUGCUCGAAAAGUGGUUGCACAACUUGCAAUUGACACGCAAUCAGUGCGCACGCUUGCGCAUCUGUGAGCAACAUUUCGAGCCGCGUUGCAUUGUCAAGACGCGCUUGCUGCGCUGGGCCGUACCAACAUUGCUGUUGGAGCGCAAUGCCGAGGAGCUGCUACAGAACGAACCGCCGGUACAAGCCGCAGCGCCUGCCGCAGCAACCGCUGAUGAAGUCGAUGCAAUUGAUACUGCAAGUAAUAUCGAAGGCGAUGAAGAUAUGCGUGAUGUUGAUGAUGAAGAGGAUGACAAUGAUAGCGGCGAAUUGGCGGCAGUGCCCAACGUAAAGAUGAAAAAAUCACUUGGCAUUUUUAAGUGUUGUGUACCGAGCUGCAGACGUACCCGCCUGCAACACGGCGUGCGCCUCUUCCAAUUUCCCACAAGCCAUCAAAUCUUGCGCAAAUGGUGUCACAAUUUAAAAAUUUCGCUCGAAAAGGCUUCAGAUCCCGCCUUACGUAUUUGCAGCGUACACUUUCACAAACGUUGCAUUGACGGCAAAGAGUUACGUCCCUGGGCCAAGCCGACCAAUGCUCUCGGUCACAGCGGUCCCAUCUAUGAGAAUCCCAAAAAUCUACCCGGCGUCUUUCUACCCAAAUGCUGUUUGGCACAUUGCCGUCAACGGCGCACACUCGAAAAUGACUUACGUACAUUUGGCUUCCCCAAAGAUGAAGCUCUUAUGCGCAAGUGGUGCGCAAAUUUACGCAUGGAGCCACGCGCCAAUCACGCACGCAUCUGCAUGUCACACUUCCCGCCCGAGGCGAUGGGCAAUAAGAAGUUGCGCGCCAAUGCGGUGCCUACGCUAAAUUUGGGACACAACGAACCGUUGGAGUAUGACAACGCUUUGCUGAUCGCGACAGCGAUGAAGGCAAGAAAUCCGUUAGAGGAAAAGAAAGUUUUGAAUUCGGAUGCUAGUGACACCGAAUUGGGAAACAUCGGCGGAUACGAUGAUGAAAUGGAUGACGAAGACAAUGAUGACGAUGAUGACUAUCGCAUCGAUGAAGAAGAUGACGAAAAUGAUUUCUAUGCUUCCGCCGGCGUUGGUAAUAGCGAUGAAGAGGAAGAGGAAACGGUUGAGGACUUUACGCCGAGCAUUAGUGCCGCAACCGGUGACGACGAUGAGUUGUAUAGUAAUACCGAGGCGCGUGAUGACGACAAUUUCAUAGUCGAUUCGGCAGAUGAAGAUGAGGAGGGCGCUGAAGUAGAAGAUGAGGAUGAAGAAGACAUCUACGGUAACGAAGAAGAUGAUGAUGAGGACGAUAGUGAGGACAGCGACGAAAGUGUUGUCGAAAAUAUAUACAACAGUCCUGCAGAGGAGGAUGACAGCGACAGUGAAAGCGAAGUUAACGCCGAUGACAACAACGCUGACAGCAAAGACGCCGAAGCCGAUGAUGAUGAUGUAGAAAUGCUGAUCGAUGCCGAUGAGGAUGAAGAUGAUAAAAGCAGUUACAAUGCCUGCGAUCCACUCGACUUUGUGGAAUGUGUUAACCAAAGCGAUGAUACGCAACAAAAUGAAGCACCGGCCACCUCAACAAAACUACGCAAUCUCCGUCAAGCAGGAAAAAAUAUGCGUAAGCGACCAAUAACAUCGUCGCCGACAAAUUAUGAAGAUGACUCCAAUACAAAUUACAGUAAUGCCGAUGAAACGACACGUUUCACUGCAACCACUUCGAAUUCCGCAUCGGCAACCACAUCGUCGGCAUCAGCUUCAGCUGCGGUCACGUCCAACGCACCAGCGAGUACACGUCAUUGUGGCGCUGACAAAAUAAGUCGUUCGGUUUUUCGGCUUUGUUGCCUCAGACAUCGUAGGAAGAAGAAAGCACCACCAGAUCCACCACCUGAUAUGCGAAGCGCGCGCGCCAAAGCGCCAGCAGUACGUCGGACGUUGAUGAAUAAUAUUGCACGCCCUCGUCGACAGCGCGCUUACUGUGCAGUACGCCGUUGCGGACGCACCGCCGGUGCUGCUGUCACGCUAUAUCGUUUUCCAUUAAGCGGCAGUCGCUACUGUCGCCGUUGGUGUGCACAGUUAAAAAUUAAAAUGACGCAUACAUCGCGCCGGCGCAUUUGUCAACGACACUUUCCCUACAGUUUAGUAGAUCGGCGUCGUAGACGCUUGCGUUUCGGCGCAAUACCAACACGCAAUUUAUAUAACACCACAAAACAGUUCAAGCGUAAUCCACUUUAUGGCUUAUAUAAAAAUACAACACAAUCGACAGCGGACGCGUCAGAGCGCGCGGCCUGCGCGGAUACAACGCAAACCAGCGCCGCGCAAUUGAACGUUUAUAAUCGUUGCUGCGUGCCAAAUUGCGGCAAAUCGCAUCAAGUGGAUGGCGUAACGCUCUUCCGCUUCCCAAAACUACGCUCACUCUAUCUCCAAUGGGCUACGAAUUUGCGCUUAAUGCCAACCAUGCGUUUGGUGCAAGUCUACAAAGUUUGUAGCGACCACUUCGAACCCCAAUGCCUCAGCUAUCAGCGUAGAGAUCGUGCCAAUCUGAAAUAUGGUUCUGUGCCUACACUGAAGUUGGGUCAUAACGACACCUCUAAAAUAUAUACGCAAAACACGCUACUGCCACAAAAGCGCCGCGGUCUUGGUAGACGCAAAUGGUAUCCGCAAAAAGGUGUCAACGAAUGCGCUGUGCAUGAUUGUAAGGUAGCGCAGUUUCUACAAAUGCAACUGUUUGCGCUGCCAGCGACGCUCAAACUGCAAGAGCGCUGGUGUAACUAUUUCAAAUUAAACUUCACCGGCGCGUCGAAAGACGCCACCGAAUUCUUUGAAAAUGUACGUUUAUGCGCUUUGCACUACAUGGAGGGUUAUCAAAUGGCCACUUACAGCGACGGUGCGCGCAAAGGUUCAUCUGCGGCGUUGGACGAACUCGAGGCGAAUUAUGCGCGCAUAACCAGUUCGACGCGCAUACAAAUGCUGAAAUGUUGUGUGCCGAAUUGUUCGACGAAAUUCACGGACAACGUGCGUUUGACCGCAUUUCCCAGCGCGGAAGAGCUGCGCGCUAAGUGGCAACACAAUACACAAGUGUCGUUUAGUCCAUCGCAUCGUUAUUUGUAUAAAGUAUGCGCCUUGCAUUUCGAGGAGCGUUGCUUCGCCAAAAAACGUCUCUUUAUGUGGGCUAUACCCACAUUGCAUUUACCGCGACCGCAAAAUCAAGAUACAGAACAUAAGCUGUUUGAAAAUCCCAUAUUUGACAGCGUGAGUGGCGCCCAAUGUUGUGUUGAAGAUUGCGCAACGAAUCAAGUUAAACAGGAGGCGCCGGCAGUGAAUGAUGAUGACAAGGAAGUGUGUAAAGCGGCAGUGCGCUUUUGGCAUUUUCCACAAGAUGACGCAUUACGCGAAAAAUGGUGCCAUAAUUUGGGGCUCAGCGCGCGAAUUAACGAAAUCAGCCAUACCAGUCGGCGUUGGCGCAUUUGCAGUCGCCACUUCGAGCAAUUCUGCAUCGGUAAGACGUUGCGCAGCUGGGCUGUGCCUACAUUGCAUUUACCAAAACCGGUCAAACAUGCUAAGAGCGGCAGACGUUCCACAUAUAUUUACCAAAAUCCCGAUAGCGCUGCAGUCUACUAUCGCUGCUGCAUUAAGACAUGCCAUCAGCUGCGCGAUCUUGAUGCUGGCAUACGCCUAUAUGCAUUCCCCAAAAAGGAGACAAUGCUACAGAAAUGGGCGCACAACAUUCGCAUGCCCGCAGUGAAGUGUCGCUACGCGCGCAUCUGCACGUUGCACUUCGAAGCGCAAUGCUUGCGUCCGCAAAUGCAGUCGUGGGCGCUACCGACCAUCGAUUUGGGACAUGACGAAGCCGAUAUUUUCCGUGUGCCGAAGGUGAAGUUAAUGGUUACGAACGAACGCUGCUGCCUACCGCAUUGCAGCAAGCGACGCAGCCGCGACAAUGUACAUCUUUUCACCUUUCCGCGCGACAAAGAUGUGUUGGACAAAUGGUGGCACAAUUUAGCGAUUGGCGUACAGGAUGUAAAACGACGUCUCAUCUGUGAAUCGCAUUUUGAGCCGCGCUGUAUUAGCAAGCGCCGUUUAAAACGUUGGGCCAUACCAACACUACAUUUGGGACACACAAACGAUACGCUCAAGAAUCCAACACCAGCUGAAGUGGCAACUUAUGAAAAUAACACAACAGCACGACGCUCACAAACACCCUCGAAAAUGACGCGCGCCAAAUCAACGCAACCAACAGCGCCUACAAGCACUUCACAGAAAUGCUCAAUCGCACACUGCGCACGUGGCACCGAUAGCAGCGCGCUGUAUCGCUUUCCCAAACCAGACUGGUUGCGCAAGAAAUGGUGUGACAAUACGCGUAUAGACGAAGAGACCGCCAAACAGGCGAAAAUUUGCGCGCGCCAUUUCGAACCGCAUGUUAUGGGCAAUCGCAAACCGCGUCCAUGGGCGUUGCCAACCAUGGAAUUGGGCGCUGACGAAAACGGCGCGCCCAUGCCUGUCGUACAUGCAAAUCCCAAACAGCUGUCGCGUUUUCAUCCCGAAGAGCAUGAAUGGGGCGAGCUGCGUUAUGUGCGCGCUAACCAUUGCUCUAUAAUAUCUUGCUUGAAAUCGAAAAAAGAUGGCGUAACACUUUUCAACUAUCCCACGAAACGCCACAUGUUGCAGAAAUGGGCUGAGAAUUGUCGCCAUUAUCCGUAUCAAGCCAAACGCUAUCGUUUCCAGCUGUGCGGCGCACAUUUCACUGCUGAUUGUUUCAAACGCGAAGGCACACGUUUACGCAAAGGCUCAGUGCCUACCCUAAAGUUGGGACAUGAUGAUGCGCAGAUACACCAGAGUGAAUUCGAAAGCGUAAGCGCCAUAAAAAUUGAAAUGAAAGUACUAAAAAGUUGCAGCGUACCACAGUGUGGGCGCACAAAUCUACACGAUGGCGUGCGGCUCUUCAAAUUUCCCUACGAACGCGCCGAGACGUUAGAAAAGUGGUGCCAUAAUUUACGCAUGAACGCGGCCGAUUGUCGCAACGCGCUAAUCUGUAAUAUGCAUUUUGAGCCGCGUUGCGUUGGUGGCGGUCAUCGCGGUUUGCUUUUGCGCGCCAUACCCACAUUACUGCUGGGACACAAUGAUAGCGAUAUUUUAAACAAUCCAGAAACCUUUGAGCGACCUGAGAAGCUAAUCAGCUGCUGCGUACCCGGUUGUAUUAACACCAAACAAACCGAAGGCAUAACGCUGAGCGCUUUUCCGAAGUUGCGUAGCCAUUUUGAGAAGUGGGCGCACAACCUACAGCUGCCGGUCAGCACCACCGUCUGGCAUACGUACAAAGUCUGCAGCGCACACUUUGAGAGCUACUGCUAUGAGCACGGACGUAUCAAGGUGGGCGCAAUGCCGACACUAAAGUUGGGACACAGCAACGCAAUUGACUUGUACACCGUCAGUGAAGAGACAAUGAGUCAAGCAUUUAAGCGCAAACGUGUCGCGCCCAAAACUGAGACGCCGAAAGCGCCACACGAAGCGUGUUGUUAUCCGGAAUGUAGAGAAAUGGAAUUGCGUUUGACAAAUCAACUUUUUGAGUUUCCACGUUUGGAUGACAUACGACGCGCUUGGUACGAAAGUGUUGGUUUGAGCGUUGAAGAGCAGGCGGAAGAAGUAUGUGUGGCAAUUGAAAAUGAAACACAAAAAACCGCGCCCGACAACGACAUGCCGCAGGAGGUUGAUGCUGCUGCAGCUGCUGCUCCUGCUCCGAUAAAAGUUACGAAAAUAUCUCCCAAAUUAUGUCCAAUGCAUUUCAAAUUACUCUACAUUGAGCAUGCCGCUUUGCUGGAUACACUCAAAUCGGACAGCACAGCAGACACGCAGCGCAUAUUGCAUAAGCUUGACGAGACCUACACAAAAGUAUGCGAUAUAUCGUGCGUGCGUCGCAUUAGCUGCGCUGUGCCAGGUUGCAAUUCGAAUUAUCUCACCACUAAAUCGCUGAAAUUCUUCAAAUUUCCCGAUAAUGCCGAGAUGCGCGCCAAAUGGUGUCACAACACACAAGUCAUAAUCGAUCCGGAUCGCUUGUAUUGCUACAAAAUAUGUGAAUUACAUUUCGAAGCAAGCUGCUCAUCGCAAUUGAGCAAAAAAAUGCAACGUUUGAAAUCCUGGGCGCUACCCACUUUGCAAUUGCCGCCACGCGCUGCAGACGCGCCCGAAAUAUAUGCAUUACCAGCGCCCGAUACGGUAGCCGAAACAAAACGCGCCUCAUUGCUACUAAACGCGCCACUCAAUAAAUGCUGUAUAGCCAGUUGCGUGUACGCUAAAGCGCCGGCGGAGCGCACGGUUAGCGCUGAUAGUGAAAUACAGUUUUUCAAUUUUCCCAACGAUGCAGAAUUACUCUACAAAUGGGUAUAUAAUACACAAAUCAGUAUGGUCGCGGCUACUAAUGCGCGCAUCUGCUCGCUACACUUUGAAAAACACUGUAUUAAUAAACGCUUGCGCAUGUAUGCGGUGCCAACACUGCUGUUGGGCCACCAGAAAACCGAUAUCUAUAAGAAUCCCUCGGAUAAGAGAGUAGCGGCAGAGGCAAUGGAGAGCAAACCGCCCAAGUUACCAAAGUGUUACGAAGACAACGUUGCUGAUGACGCCGAAGUUGAAGAAGAAGAAGAAAAAGAAAAUGAUGAUGAUGAUGAUGAUGAUGAUGAUGUGUUGUUAGCGGAUGUUAAGGCGCACAAAAUGAAAUUGAAAAAAACCGACAUAACUAAAUAUAAAACUGAAGUGUUUGACGAAAGUGAAGCGCGCACAGUGCGCAAGUCUGCCGCGCACGAUGAGAAGAAGCCAGACCGCGCGCUGCUCGAGCCAAUGCUAGUGGUGAAAACCGAAUUGAAGGAGCGCAAAGAAAUCACAACAACAACAACAAAUAAACCGGCAACGCAGCCCAAACCAUAUCACCAACCUUUCAUCAUAAAUAUUAAACAAGAAAAGGAUGUCGAAGAGAACUAUACCGCCGAAGGCAUUGAAAAUCAAAUGAAGCAAGGCUUACUCGAUAUGUUUAAUAGUUUUGGCGACACUGGCGUCGAACAGGAGCCCGAUGACAUUAACGAGCUGGGCGACGAAGUGACGCAAAUGGAACGCGAUACCGCGCGCCAUUGCCGCAUUGUCGGUUGUAAUAGCUACGCGCGCAAUGCGGGCGUCACGCUGUUCAAAUUUCCCUUUCCACUCGACCAAUUCCGCAAAUGGUUGCAUAACACACAAUUGGAGGUGGACUAUACACGCCGUUGGCGUUAUCGCAUUUGUCAUCGUCACUUCGAACCGAUUUGCAUGCAAUUCCGCAAGCUACCGCCCGGCACCAUGCCCACGCUGAAUUUGGGACCUAAGCGGCCCGCGCACAUAUAUGAAAAUGAAUUCGACGUGAAUAGCUUAAGUAAAUAUAAAACGAAACCACAACAACAAAACCUAACAGCAACAACAACAACUAGUAAUGUAUUGAGCGAAUUAAAUGACGAAGCGGACACGAGUAGCUCCUUCGCCGCGCCCACACACCACAACAAUGAUAAUAUCGAUCCAAGCGCUGACUAUAACGAUGACUAUGCAGAUUUUGUAGACAAUACGCCGAUCGACCGCGAUACAUCGCGUCAUUGUCGCAUACCCGAUUGCAAUAGUCACGCCAAAGAUCCCGGUGUAACGCUCUUCAAAUUCCCCAUGUCCGAGUAUCUGUUUCACAAAUGGCUCUACAAUACACAACUUAAGGUGGAUUAUACGCGCCGUUGGCGCUAUCGCAUCUGUCAGCGCCACUUCGAACCGAUUUGCAUGCAAUUCCGUAAGCUACCGCCCGGCACCAUGCCAACGCUGAAUUUGGGUCCUUCGCGCCCGGCGCGCAUCUAUGAGAAUAGUUUCGAUAUUAACCAUUUGAAAAAAUUCAAAACUAAAUUGAAAAAUAACACCACAACAACAAGUACAGCUAUUGCUCCAACAUCCACUUCGGCCAUAAUGCACUCAAGCCAUGCCGAUUACACCGAUGACUUGGAAACGAGCAGUUCGUACGCCGUCGAUGCAAAUGUCAGCAACGCCGCUCAAUUGCCGCUACUCUCAUGUACCGUACGCCAUUGUACGAGUCAAUAUCACGCGCUACACGAGGGCUUACAUUUGCAUAAAUUGCCGACGAAUAUUAUGUUGCGCGAGAAAUGGAUUUACAAUUGUCGCUUCUCGGAGGAGACGCUCAUCAGCAUGAGUUCACGCAUACGCAUCUGUUCGCUCCACUUUACACCUAACUGCUAUUAUGGCGUUAAGCGUCAAUUGAAAUUUGGCUCAGUGCCCACUUUGCGUUUGGGUCAUACCGAUCCCAAUAUAUAUCCGCAUGGUUUUAGUAAUGAAAGCGAGGCCCAAAUGGCGGGCAAACAGCAUACAGCACAGCACACAUGGCGCACCAAACGCUUGCAGUCGUCCACUGAUGCCAAUCAAGAUAUUUGCUGCCUCAUCAAUUGUCGACAUAGCAGGCGUGAGUACACGCGGCAUUUCGCCUUUCCAAGCGAGCGCGAGCUACUCGAUCAAUGGCUCAAUGCACUCGGCAUGGAGUUUAAUAGUUCGCGUCCAGAUGAUUAUAAAAUCUGUGAAUGGCAUUUCAAAGCGUCCGAUUUCGAUGGUGAAGUACUGCGCGCCGACGCAGUGCCCACGCGCAAUUUGAAGAUAGACGAUGCCAAUCAAACGGAUGAUGAGGAUGAUAAUGAGGACGAAGAUGAUGAUGUACUUUGGAAUGCAAACGAAGAGCCGCUGGAUGAACGUCCAUCAACUUCCGCAGCAGCCGCUGCCGCAGCGUCAACUACUACACCCGAUGGCUACAACUUAAUCCCGGGCUCGCGACGAUGCUGCCUGGUGCACUGUCGCAAACAACUAUUCCAAGAUAACGUGCGCACCUUCAAAUUCCCCACAAUCCAUGAACAAUUCGAGAAGUGGGUGCACAAUUUAGGCAUCAAAUAUGACGGCCACGCACCUUGGCGCUAUCAAAUUUGCAGCGAACACUUUGAAAACCAAUGCAUUAUACAUUACGAAAACAAAGCCAAGUUGUUUAGAUGGGCUGUGCCCACUUUGAAAUUGGGCAAACGUGCGCCAGCCAUACUCUUCACGAAUGAGAAUCCCAAAAAGCUGCAACAAAGAGAUGCAGACUAUGAUCGCGUCUAUAGAAAUUCAACUGCCGGCGGCUAUGCGGACAACGUGGAUAAUGAGGAGACCAUGGAUACGACAAAUGAUGAGUUGAGUUCCAGUGCGCCGCCCGCAGAUGCGCCCAAACAGAUGGCUUAUCAGCAAGAAGAUAUGGAUUUGUUAGCACCAAUUGAGCGACCGCCACACAAAAUGAGCAGCGCAACGAAACGCAGCAAUUAUGCGUAUACCGCGAGCAAUGAUGACGGCGACGAUUACUAUGAUGGUGAUGAUGAUGCUUACGAUAUGGGUGAUGGUGAAAAUUCACUUUUGAAUGUCAUACGCGAGGAAAAACCGAGCGCUGUGAAGGAAGGUACACCAGCCUCGUCGUUCUUCUCAUUGCAACUGGUACGCGGCGGUUCCGCUAAAGUGCGCGCCUGCUGUCUGCCGCACUGUGGACGCACUCGUGAGUCCGGUGUGCGUUUAUUCCGUUUCCCCACAGAACCCGUCUUCCUCAAACGCUGGGAAUACAAUUUACGCGUGCUCUUCAAUGAGUCACAGCGCAAUACGCACCUAAUAUGUAGUGCGCAUUUCGAGCGUGGCCAAUAUAAUAAACGUUUAGUCGUAGAUGCCAUACCGACGUUGAAUUUGGGCCACAACAGCACCGAUAUCUAUCGUAAUGGACAAUAUGAGCCGACCAGAAUGCAUAAGCGCGCACUGACUGCAUCACCACCGCGCAUACCAUCGUCAAACAGCUUGCCGCUGAGUAGUCACAAACCGUUGCAUUGUAAUGUGCCCGCUUGCGCUGAUACGCAAAGUAAACGUCGUCUGUACCCCUUCCCCAGCAAUCAUGGGUUCGUGAAAAUUUGGGCCGAACGCACACAGAUCGCUUACGAUGCGCGUCAUCAUGCCGAAUUGCGCGUUUGUGAGCUGCACUUUGAGACAGAUUGCUUUAGCGCGCAUGGCCUAAACAAUAAUGCUGUGCCCACAUUGUAUUUGCCUGCACCAAAUGCACUGCCAACACCUGCUUCGCUUGCGCCAGUCGCACCAACAAAAAUUCCACCGCCCAUUGGUCGCUCUGCGGCUGCGUCCACUACGAUGCCGAAGCUGAGUGCGAUCACUUGUAGCGUUACCAAUUGCAGCAAUAGUACCGCUACACGUACGGACUUGAAAAUAUUCUCGAAAUUCCCCGAUGAUUUCGAAUUAUUCACCAAAUGGUGUUUCAAUUUGAAAAUCGAUCCACGCACCUAUGUGGACGGCAGUUAUAAUGUGUGCAGCGAACAUUUCGAACCAUUCUGCAUUGGCGGCCAUAGUUUGCGUGUCUGGGCUGUGCCCACGUUGCGUUUAGGUCACAACAGCAAGCUUAUACAUAGUGUCGAACGUCCUGCUGAGAUGGAAACCAAGUGUUGUUUGCCGCAUUGUGGACGCAAGAAGAGCAAAGAUGGCGUGGAGUUCUAUAGCUUCCCUAAAGGUGAUAUCUAUCGGCAGUGGUGUCAAAUACUCAAAAUCGAUGAAGGCCUCUACCGCAACACCGAUAAGAAGAUCUGUAGCGCACAUUUCCGUGCAGACUGUUUCAACAGUAACGGUACAUUGCGAUUGGGCGCACGCCCAACAAUGCUCUUGCGUAAUCGCACCGCCACAGCGGCAGCACAUAUGCUCAAACCGCCCGCGCCCUACCGCAGCAAGUGCAUCGUGCGCAUUUGUCAUGAAAUGCAACAGCUCUAUAGCUUCCCGGCGCAACGCAAUCUCUGCACGAAAUGGUGUCACAACCUGAAAAUCGACUACUACCCGAAACUGCAUGAGAAUAUGAAUUUCAAAAUCUGUCGGCGUCACUUCGAGCCGAAUUGUCUGCUGAGCGGCGGCAAACUACAUGCCGAAGCGGUGCCGACAGUGCAGUUAGGACACAACGAUGUCAAUAUCUAUCAGAAUUUGGUAGGCAUAAAGCACAGCGCCAGCACGACCAGCUAUGAUGAUAACAGCAGUUUGCGCACAAGCGUCAGCACCGUACACACAUGGUUGAUGGAUGUCGAUGCGGAAACGAAUGCUGCCAACAAUAUGCCGCCUGUCGGUAGUGUGGAUGCUGUCACAGGUGGUGUCGGUGGUGGUGCUGGUGCUACUGCAGACGCUGAUGAUGAUAUGGUGCGCAUGGAAUACGAGCCGCCUGUCGAUUUGGAGCCGACUGUUGUCACUGAGAAUAUUGCCGAUGAUAAUCUGGACUUGACCGACAGCGCCUAUAUGCAAAUGGAGGAUGACACCUACUAUGCAGACUUUGAGGAGCAACGUUUGUUGCCGCAAAGCAGCACUUUUAUAGCUGCUGAGAGCGCGGAGGUGAUUGACUUGGACGCUGUGGAUGCUGUGCAAGAGCAGUUUCCCAAUUGGUCGCAAGACGAUGCCGUGCUGGUGGAUGAUGACGACGAGGAGGAAGAUGAUGAUGCGCUGUUGUGGCCAUUAAAUUAAAUAUUUUUAAGUUAAAAGAAGCAAAAUUUAUUGAAAUUAGUUAUAUAAGUGAAAAGUUAAUACGAAAAGUAUAGAGAGUUUAUAAUAUGCAGCAAAGAAAGAGAGAGCGGGAGAGAGAGUUAACGUUAGUGUAAGCGUUUAAAAGUGCGAAAGUAAAAAUGACAGAAAUAUACAUACAUAUGAAUGAAGAGAUUGUAGCAAGAGGGGAAAAAGUGUGUAUGAGCGUGAAGGCAGCUCGAAAUAGUGCACACAUUUAUGUGCAUAAUUAUUGCAUUAAAUACUAUAUAAAAAACUUUUUUUGUAUUUUUAUGAAAUAUAGACACUAUUGUAUAUCUAAGAAAUAAUUUAACUUAAGAUUUUUCAUAAAUGUAACUUUUUAUAUAUUUUUUCAUCUAUUUCAUAUUUUUU